AUGGCGCGCGCUCUAGGCUUCCCGAUCGUGGUCUUGCAAAUUCCCAUCCGGACCAUCUGGAACAAGACCGAGCAGAACGCGGGGUGCAGCGCUGGGCCCGGGAUAGCCUGUUUGGGGGAGAUGGGACGGACGGACUGGAUCGAGGGCGUCGUCAAAUGACAGGCGCCGCAGCAUGUCAGGGCGGACCUGGGAGCCCGACGGGCCAAGGAGGAGUCGAAAAAUAAAUAAAUAAAAAGGCGCGGAAAAAAAGAAAAGAAAACAGGAAAAAAAGAAAGAAUCGCGCUCCGUCACCUGACCGUAUCUGUCUGCGUCAUGGCAAAAGCGGUGUCCCAGCCGGCGGUCGGUGUGCGCCGGCA